GCCACAUUUUCAUUCGCCAUUAAUCCACCUUGCAAGAAAAGCUUUGAGAAAAGCAAGCAGAAGAAACCGGCACGUGCCAGGGACCAAACCCAUUACCCACACGAGCGUCGGUAGGAAUCUUGAUGAAUCUCUCCUCCUCCAUUGUCGUCUCUCUCUCUCCUUCUCCGAUUCUUUCCUCUGCACUCCAAAUCUGCCUUCUUUCCUCUUGCUUCGCUAGAAACGGAUUGUACUACUCGGCGUCCAUCACAAGAUCAAAACUUUUUGCGGUCCCAGCGAUUACGGUUCUCGCAUUCGGUUCCCAAGUGAAGAAGAUUCAUUGAAGGGGGAAAAUGUCUUCUCCAAGCAAAAGAAGAGACAUGGAUGUCAUGAAACUGAUGAUGAGUGACUACACAGUGGAAACAAUCAAUGAUGGGAUUAAUGAAUUCAACGUGGAGUUCCAUGGCCCAAAAGAAAGCCUUUAUGAAGGUGGUGUUUGGAAAGUUCGAGUGGAGUUACCAGAUGCAUAUCCAUACAAAUCUCCUUCUAUCGGGUUCCUCAAUAAAAUAUACCACCCCAAUGUUGAUGAGAUGUCAGGUUCUGUUUGCUUGGAUGUCAUCAACCAAUCAUGGAGUCCAAUGUUUGGUAGUUGAACCUUUCCCUUCCACACUCACAUAGAAGCACAUAACUUGCCACAUGGUUUAUGAGAUCUCACAGUACUAGUAUCCGAAAAAAUAAGUGACAAAAUCCAUCUUGAACUUCCCUCCUUUUCUUAUUAGCGCCAUAUAUGUACUAGCAUAAAGCUGGAAAAGAGUGUUGAAUCUAACCUGGCUAUCCUGUAAGAAUAUUUUCUUUAACUUGAGCUUUGUCUUCUCUGAUAAGAUUUAGGAGCUUCGUUUGACUGGUUUUGAUUGAACAAUGUGCUGCAGCAACAUUGACUCAUGCUGGUUAUCAAUGUGUUUUUAGUUAAUAUCAGUUAUCAGGACAGAUUUUGACGUUAUUCUUCAAUUAUUCGAAAUACACUUUGAUUCUCAAAUAGGAAAAAAAGAAAAGGAAAAGGGCUUUUAUGUAAUGUAACUCCUUGGCUUAGUUAAAUUCUUAUGUCUUCUUUCAUUGUAAAAAAAGUUAACUAGAAGAACAAGCUAUGAACAAUUAACUGUUGUUAACUUUGCCCUCUAGCUUUGAGAUUGACCCUCUGUGGCUUCUUCUGGCUGCAGAUCUUUUGAAUGUGUUUGAGGUUUUUCUUCCACAGCUACUGCUCUACCCAAACCCUGGGGACCCACUAAAUGCUGACGCAGCUGCACUUAUGAUGAAUGAUAAAAAGCAGUACGAAGAAAAGGUAAAAGAGUACUGUGAACGAUAUGCAAAGAAGUCGAACACCAUUAAAGCUCCAAACGAGGAGAGUGACGAUGAAGAGAUAAGCGAGGAUGAAGAUAGUGACAGGCACAGCACAUUUAGUGAAGACAAUGUUGCUGGUGAUGCUGAUCCCUGAAUCGAUGUAGCAAAUCUAUUGCAUAUUCUUCCCAGUGAUCAUAUCACGUUAGUAUCUUCUUUAUACCCGAAUACUCAAUUAUUCAUUCGAAAUUGCAUGUAGAUUGGUUGAAGGAUUGAAGGAGAAGAGUGUAACAUCAGGGUUACCAUUGUGUUUCAAGGGAAUAUGAUAAUUUACCAGGCACUGUGAUGUACUGGGGAUUAAGAAGGACAACAAAAAUCACAAUAAAUGGGGAAAACUUGUGUUUCUGUACUGUGGUCUAGAAUCCAAAAUCAUGGGGAAAACUUGUAUGCUUUGGUGCAUUGAUAAUAACAUGCCCUAGAGUCCUUCCCAGGUAGGUUGUUAUUUACUGCUCUGCAAACUUAGGCUUGAACCGAUCUGUUUGGGUUUACAAUCACUAAAUGGCAUGAAA